UAACUCAUAUAUUGUGAUUGAGAAAUCUCAAGAGUAUAGCGAAUAAAACUAUGGCUGAUGGGGGGGGGGAUCAAAAUCCAGGUGAAGGAAGAGGUGAUGGUGAGGCCACCGACGGCGACGGGCUCGGGAGGUACAACCCUGUGGCUAUCAAAUCUGGACACGUUGUUCCCCGUGAAGUUGUACGUCGAUUGCACCUUUUUCUACAGCCCCAACACCUUCAACCACUCGUCUGAUCUACUCAAGGCCACUCUCGCCCACGCCUUGGCUGAGUUCUACCCAUUGGCGGGGCGCCUUAAAUUGGAUCAUGAGCUUUCAGGUCGGAUAGAGAUCGAGUGCAAUGGGGAGGGGGCGUUGUUCAUUGAGGCUACGGCCAAUGGCCCAUUGAUUGAUUUGGGGGCCGACCUAGGCCCCCGCCCGGACCUCACUUUUGCACCCGUCGUCGACUAUUCCAAAGAAACUUUGGUGCUCCCCGUUUUCAUGGUACAGGUGACUCGUUUCACAUGCGGUGGAGUUUGCUUGGGAACCACUAUGAACCAUCACCUAUGUGACGGAUUUUCAGCCAUACAAUUCCUCGAUGCAUGGUCCAAUAUAGCCUGCGGCGCCGACAUUACAGUGCCGCCGUUCCACGACAGGCGGGCUGUCUUGUCGGCCCGCAGCCCGCCCCAGCCGGAGUUCGACCACGUCGAGUACCAACCCCCUCCAACAUUAAUGAACACCCCUCAGCACCACAACAACAACAUCGAUCCAUCAUCGAAAACUAUAUCGCACAAAAUAUUCAGGCUGACUCCCAAUCAGGUUAAAGCACUCAAGGCCCGAUGCAAGUCAUCGUCCUCGUCGAAUAUUAAUUACACCUCGUACGAGGUUCUCGCCGGCCAUGCGUGGCGCUGCGUGUCAAUGGCCCGCCGGCUGCCCAAGAAUCAGCCGACGAAGCUUCACAUGGCGGUCAACGGUCGGGAGAGGCUCCUCCCCCGACUGCCACGUGGCUACUUCGGGAAUGUCGUGUUCCACGCCACUCCGGUUGCCCUGGCCGGAAACCUGCAAGAGAAUCCUGUCGAAUUUUCUGUCCGUAAAGUUCACGAAGCGCUUGUAAGAAUGGACGACCGUUACAUGCGGUCGGCAAUCGAUUACCUGGAGGUUCAGCGACAGAAAGGAGGCAUGUUGGAAAGCGUGUUCAAUUUCGAAUCCCCAAACCUUGCGGUAAUAAGGUGGGCUAGGCACGACGAUUUUGGGGGGUUUGGGAAACCGGUGUACGGCGGGAUGGGAAGGAUCCCCGGCGAGGGAAUGAGUGCGGUGCUGCCGAGGAUGGAGGAUGGGAGCUUGUCGUAUGUAAUCUACCUGCCAGAGAAAGACAUGGCCAUCUUCGAAAAGCUUUUCUACGACAAUAUUUAAUUAGAUCGAUUGGACAACAUGGAUGGGUACGAGGUUCUGUUUAUUUUUAAGUCGUCUGCCUAUGAUAAAUUUGCGUGUUUAUCGCUUUUA